AUGCAUUUGAUCGAUAAAGUGCGUGAAAUCGUCAUGGUUCCCGUGUCGCCCAGAUAUCUUCGGAUUUCCACCAUCCUGAUUGCCAUCUACAAAGUGCUAAUCGCCCACAUCUUGCUGUUCAUCAUGCUGCUGGGGCUGGCCCAUGCCGAGGAGAUGAGUGCCAUCCUUGGGGCGGACAUUGCCGACCAGAAGGAGCGCGAGGAGUAUGUUUACAUUCCGACCAAUGCCAAAGGCGAGACCAUGAACCAACUUCGCUUCAAAUCGGCUGCCAAUCUGGCUUCGGUGACGCUUUGUAUGCUGUACGUCGGUACCACUUUGGCGACAAUUUACGUGCUGAGCUGUCUCGGGCUGCUAAUUGGGACGCUUCGCAAUCGGCAUGAGUUUUUCAUCCCCUGGAUGGUGGUGGAUUUCUUCGGGACUCUGGUGGCCGCCUCGAUAAUGAUUGCCGUCGGCUACAACAAGAUGACUUACUGUGUGAUUGGAAAGUGGCAAUACUGGGGCUUCUGCGCGGUGAUGACGGCCUUCAACCUGAUCAUCUGGACCGUGGUACGCAUGUUCUACAAGAAUCUGGUGCACAUGACGAAGCUGCGCGAGGUUGCGGUCGUGGCCAUCCCGUGCCCGUCGCCCGGAACCAAACCGGUACCGUAA